AUGUUGCAAUUGGGGGACUUAAGUGCUGAAAGAAACUUAGGCUUUAAGCAUCCAAAAGGUGGAUUGCAGCACUAUUUAUUCUGUUCACUGCCAUGUUUUACCCUACUUAGUUCCAGAGAUAAUGAGGACAUAGAAUCAGUAAGUUCAGAGACCGAAGGAAAAAAUUCAUCAAACUGCCCUUAUCCAGGUUGUGAUGGAUCUGGUCAUGUGACUGGAAAUUAUUCUUCCCACCGAAGUCUCUCUGGUUGCCCAUUGGCUGAUAAAGCCACUGUGCAAGCCAAUCAGGUUGAAAUGAAAUGCCCAACGCCAGGCUGUGAUGGAUCAGGUCAUGUGACAGGAAACUAUGCAUCACACAGAAGUUUGUCUGGGUGCCCCAGAGCUGCAAAGCUGAAAAGAGUUAUUGGGAGGGAGAGUGGGAUAGAAGAGGAAACAUUACGCUGUCCUAUACCAGGAUGUGAUGGGACAGGUCAUGUAACUGGAAAAUACCUGUCUCAUCGCAGUGCAUCAGGAUGCCCUCUUGCCAACAAACACAAGAUACAACGACAGCUUCUUGCCAGCUUGGAUGGACAAGAUCCAGAUCUGGCAAAAUCCCUCAAACUGGAUGGUGUUGUUUGCCCGACCCCAGGCUGUGAUGGCUCUGGACACUCAAAUGGAAGCUUCCUGUCUCAUAGGAGCCUCUCUGGAUGUCCAAGAGCAACGUCAGCCAUGAAGAAGGCUAAGCUCAGUCCAGCAGAGCUCACCAAUAUCCACUUCAAAUUACAAAACGGAGAAGGUAAUUGA